AUGUUAUUUUGGUUUACAUCAAAAUUUAAAAAACUACCUUUUAAACAAUCAAAAACGCCAUUAUUGAUUAGAAGUAGUCAUGAAAGAAAACAGAAAAUUCCUGUGGAAUUAUUGAAACCAGAUCCAAAGCUUGGAAAUCCAGGUGAUGUAGUUUAUGUUUGGCCAGGUUAUAUGAGACAUGCUUUGUUCCCUAAAAGAGUGGCCAAUUAUUACAUACUGGAAGGAAAAGUAAAGAAAACUUUGCAGAGUCCGGAAGAAAUGUAUAAACUGUUUUCUGGAGGACAUAUUACUCUUGCAUUACUAGGAAAAUCAUAUGAUAGGAAGGAAAAAAAUAAAGAAAAAUUAGAAUUUCUCUUAAAAUAUUUCCAUGACUUGUUGACGAAACUUUCUAUACUAAAUCACAUUCCUACAAUAACUUUUGAAUGUCAAUUGGCAAAUGCUGCUCGUAGUACCACCGAGUUGAAAAGACCUUUAAAAUUAGAAGAAGUUUUAGGGAAAAUUCAAGAAUAUGGUGAUAUUGUUAUUGACAAAAGUAAUGCAAAAUGGCAGAAUAUCGAUUCAAAUGAAAUAAUCAGAAUUGGAAAAUAUGUUUGUUUGGUUUCAGUUAAUGAAGUUAAUAAAACUGUACCAAUUAAGGUGGAGGUUAAUCCUUUGAUAGAAGAAGAAAUAAAGGCUCAAAAACUACAAUAA